UCCAGCUGAUUCCGUUAUGAUUUGAUUCGCGGACGUCAAAGCGUUUAGGAGAGUUUUUCUCGGGCUCCGCUUUUUGUCUGGAUUUCUGGGCUCUGAUCGAAUUAAUUUAUUGUCGUCAGUCUUGUGGACCAUCGUGUGGUUGUGCAGUGAAUUAAUGUCUUUAUCGCAAUCUUGGCGAAAGUACCAUAAAACUGAUUGGGAUGAAGUGGUUCCGCGCCUAGUGAGACUCAAUUUUGGCGGGUGGCUUGGCAAAGUACCUGGCUUCAGAAGGGAAAAUCGCUAGUGCUGUUGUGUAUCCCAUUAGAGGACAAUAAUUGGAAAGUGGCUUGAAUUCUCACAUAAUUUUUACAAUUCGUUUAUAUGCGACUAGGGUUGAAAACUUUUCGAAUGAAUCCCCGACACUAUUGGAAACAAGUGAGCAUAAUCAGAAUUAACGAUACGCCAAAAGUUCUGAUCCGUGUCAGCAAAGUUACAUUCACCUGUUUGUGCACCGUUCAUCCCCUGCACCUUGCAUAGUGCUCUGUGACGUACAUACCUGCCCACGUCUGAAAUCCUCGUUCUUGCACUUCCGCCGUGUAAACCCGGGAAAACUUUUGAACAAUAAAAAGACGAGCUAACAACUUUUCCGCCAGCUAAGGAACUUGUGGAAAGAAAAUCCAUUGUCAUUGUCGUCGUGUGCUCAAAGUUUAAAAUCGUGUAAAGUGUUUUUCCGUCAAGAAUUUUUACAGUUUUUGCACCUGCUUUCCUCACCAGUGAUUGUUGUUGAUUUGUAAUUUUUGCAAAUUCCUUCCGUGAUAUAAAGUGAAGAGUGAGAGAAUUUUAUACGUGAAAGGAUUCAGAGUUUUUCCGGAAGAGUUCGGGUUCUGAAGAGUUUUAGCGGACGAGGUAGCGGGUUAAGAUCCCGCUAAAUUUUUCUAGCAAGAUUUUCACGGACGGGAAUAAGCUGGGCCCUGCGGCAGCAGGACGAGGAAUGUUUUGCUAUCAUUGUCCGCCGGCGCUACAUCCAGCAGGACCACAUCCACCGCGACUACCAACUCUGGAAUACCCUUUUGCACCAACUCAUCCUUAUACGAGUUACUCCUAUCACCCUGCUAUCCAUGAUGAAACAUUCGUUCGACGGAAACAACGAAGGAAUAGGACAACGUUUACAUUGCAGCAAUUAGAGGAAUUAGAAACUGCGUUUGCUCAGACGCAUUAUCCUGAUGUGUUCACUAGGGAGGAUCUAGCAAUGAAAAUUAAUUUAACAGAAGCUCGUGUUCAGGUAUGGUUUCAAAAUCGACGAGCAAAGUGGCGGAAAGCCGAGCGUCUGAAGGAAGAGCAAAGAAAACGUGAAAACGGUGGAGAAAGUUCUGUAGUAGUUGAAAAGACGGAAAAUAGCCGAGACUCUUCACCUGAUAUUACUGGCGAAAUUGACGAUGAGGUUCAGAGCACAAGUGGACCACCUACAAGUCCACGUGUAGAUUCUGACAAUGAACGUCCACUUUCAUCAUCACAAAUGACUCAGUCUGUUUCCCAGUCAGGAUCAAUAAGUGCCGGAUCUCCAUCUCCUGGAGUUCGAACACCACAGAAUUCAGCGAAUAGUCCUGCAACAUCGAAUAAUGCAGACUCACCAAUUGAGGUUGGAGGACCCAUAUCUUUGACUUGUAGAGCUCCCACUAUCACAACACCAACCUUUGGAAAUCAUAUCUUUGGAAGUUUUAGUGAAAGCAAUGGAGGGUUCCGACCAGUUUUGGAUAGCGGGUCGCCUAGAACUAAUCCACCACUCUUUCUUCCACCACAUUUGGCAUCACUGAGUUCGCAGUUUUCACAACCACUUUUCCCAGGAUUAAAAGCUUUUCCGGGAUUAUGUUCUUGUUGUCCCAUCAAAGCACCAACUAUGACAACAUCCACGUCGUCAUCAUCAUCCGUAUCGCCACCAUCGUCUAUGAGUCAUUCGGAUCCUAGAUCCAGCUCAGUAGCAGAAUUGAGGCGAAAAGCUCAAGAACACUCGGCCGCUCUGCUGCAAUCGCUGCAUGCAGCUGCCGCGGCUGGAUUAGCAUUUCCGGGACUACAUUUGCCACCGUUGUCCUUGCAACAAGCUCUGAAUAGUAGAAAAUCUGAAGUUCAAGAUAUGUCCACAUCUAAUGGGAAUGCGUCAUCCUCACCACCGAUGGAUACCCAGCAAUCGAAUGGUGUUAAGAAUGAAUAGAUGGAGCUCGGGAAAUGGAAAAAAUGGAACAACUGUGGGGUCAGGACAUACUCGUCUGUAUGUACUCUCACCUUUGAUGCUCGUUGGAAAUCCACUAAGGACGCGAAUACUGUAGCGACUUUAAAAUUGUAUACGUUAGUUUGCGAUCUUUAACUUCAUCAGUUUUAGCAAACAACCAUCUACUUACGCUGUAUCAUGUAUAAUUUUGAAAAUAGAGUCGGAGGACAGGUUGUUUAACCAAUCUUAAAAUGAGAUAGUUGCUCUCGGAUCAUUGGUCACCAAACACUACACUUUUAUUCUUCUCCUAAACUUUAUGUACUUAACGUGGAAGUAAUUCUUAUUGACUCUUGGCGGAUGAUGAAAAUCUGUUGGUAAUUCAGAAUAAUUUAUCUGUUUUUUGACGGGGAUGAUAUAUCUGCAAUCUGAAAUGUAACAAUGGUGACUUUGACUGAAGCUCUUGAUUUAACGUGCAAUUAGCAAAGAUUUUGUUUGACUAUCCAAGCGAACGUAUGUGUAUAAUCCAUUUCUUAAAGAACUUGAUGAAGGUUUUUAAAUUUACUGUCACCCAACUCCAACUUUCUUCGAUCGAAUUGAUAAAUCCAGAUCAUAAUUAUUCUAAUCUUAUGAGUUUUGUACUAUCCAAUCAAUAUAAUUCAAGACAUAUUCACUGUAGAAUUAGUGUAAAAAUACUCCCGAAUAAAUAUAAUAUAAAUACACCAGUAUUAGCACAUAGUAACCUUAUUAUUAAACAUUUAGUGGUCGAUAUGUAUAUAAACGAUAACAAUUAAUGUAUCAGAAGUAGCUGAAUAGUGAACUCGGCGAAGAAUUCGGUUUGAAGGUAUUUUAGUUGUAAACCAUCCAAAAAUAUUGCAUUAAACUUCAUUGUUAUGCUACGUUCGAAAGUAUGUAGGUUGAAAUAGAACGUGUCUACCAUCUCCUUUCUCUAAAUAUUUUUGUUGCUCCAUUAAUUAUCUAUAACGUGCCAUAAUGAUUAGUCAA